UAGCGAUUCGGACGUCACGCGACAAGCGAUAACGGGUUAUUGUCUCUAUAUAAGUGUAUCCAGUCCAGUCAUCUUCCUCGACUAGAUCUCCAUCUCUGUCAAGAUGUUGCGUGUUGCCGUUGUUGUUGCCCUCCUCGCUCUGGCCACCGCCGCUCCGUUUGCCACGGAACUGGAUGGAGAAUGGCAGAUGUUCAAGGCAACCUACAAGAAGGUCUACAAACCAGAGGAGGAGGCAAAGAGGAGAGCGAUCUGGGAGGAUAAUGUGAAAUUCAUCCAGGUUCACAACCUCCAGGCUGAUCGUGGGGUACACACCUUUACAGUGGGGAUGAACGAGUACGGGGACAUGUCCGUGGAGGAAUUCGUGCAAGUUAUGAACGGUUACAAGAUGACAAACACUACCAGGACCGGUAGUGCCUUUAUCCCUCCCAGCAACAUUGCACUCCCCACCAGCGUUGACUGGAGGACACAGGGUUACGUUACACCAGUGAAGAACCAGCGGCAAUGCGGCUCCUGUUGGGCGUUCUCCACGACCGGAUCCCUGGAAGGUCAACAUUUUAAGAAAACCGGAAGUCUAGUCUCACUCUCGGAGCAAAACUUAAUGGAUUGUUCCAAAAAAGAAGGUAACAUGGGAUGUAAUGGGGGAUUAAUGGACCAGGCUUUUGAAUACAUCAAGAAAAAUGGUGGGGUUGACACCGAGGCGUCCUAUCCAUACAAAGCUAAGAAUGAGCGCUGCCGUUUCAAGGCAGCUGAUGUUGGCGCGACGGACACUGGUUUCUCUGAUAUCAAAAGAGGCAGUGAAAGCGAAUUGCAAGCCGCCGUGGCUAGCGAGGGUCCAAUUUCCGUGGCCAUUGAUGCCGGGCACCAGUCCUUCCAGCUCUACCGUAGCGGAGUGUACUACGAGAGAAAGUGUAGCUCUUCACGUCUUGACCACGGUGUCUUGGCUGUUGGCUACGGGAGUGAGAGCGGUUCAGAUUACUGGCUGGUAAAGAACAGCUGGGGUGAACAAUGGGGCCAGCAAGGAUACGUCAUGAUGUCAAGAAACCGUAAGAACAACUGCGGGAUCGCCACGCAGGCAAGCUUCCCGCUUGUUUAAGUCCACCGAAACACAACCAAAAACUCGGCGUUGUUUACAUCUAUUCAUCCUGCAGCAAGCCUUACCAACCUGACGGAGCCUCACAAGCUCCACCAUAUGGUGACGUCGAGAAUAACUGGCAGACAACUCGUGCAUGAGCUAAUUAUGUCUGAUAAGUCAUGAUCUGGAAUGCAUCGAUAAGAAUACGCAAAUAGGCGAAUUUAAUUCGUUGCGUUUUAAUAAAGUAAAGGGAUUAAAACUA